AUGGCCCUCGGGUUGUCACACUAUAGCAUAGCAGGCUGGUUGCAUGGAUACCCGAGUUUAGUGAGUAGAGACCUUAGCCGGACAAGUUCGCUGCUCGUGUUUACGAUGGCUUUGUAUUCACUCUCGAUUGAAGACUCGACGAUGGUAAGUCGUUUCUUGCGGACCAUGACACAAGGUUGCAUCCCAA